CAAGAGCUUCAGUUAUAAGUCGCACCUCACCCGGCACCAUCGCACCCACACUGGCGAGAGACCCUUUGUCUGUGACACGUGUGGCAAGAGCUUCAGUCGCAGCUCCUACCUCACCAAGCACCACCGCACCCACACUGGUGAGAAGCCCUUUGCCUGUGACAAGUGCAGCAAGAGCUUCACCCAGAAUUUCCAGCUCACCUGGCACAUGCGCACCCACACCACUGGGAAGCCCUUUGCCUGA